AUGGAUAAAAUAAUACAUGGAUUCGUUGCAGGUUUUGUUCAAAAGAAAUUAGUCGAAACCUUAUCAAAAAAUAAACAAUUUCAAAAAAUGUCAUUGCAAUUCAGGGAUAAGGUAGAUGAAUUAACAGGUGCUAAUUCUAAAAAUUUUAAUUCAACAUAUAAUAAUAAUAAUAAUAAUAACAACAACAAAAAUAACUUUAAUAGUAAUAAUAGUAAUAAUACAACAAUGAGAUAUUCAAAUGAUAUUUAUGCAAACCAAAGAAUUUAUGAGCAACAACAAAGACUUCAAAGCCAACAACAAAAUAACAGUUUAUACAAUAAUAACAACAAUAACUACAAUACAAAUAAUAACAAUAAUGAAAAAUCAUUUCUUUCACAUUUAUUCGAUGGUAUUAAAGAGGAGUUUAGCAGCGAAGUGAACAGAAUAAAAAGUGGUGGUAAAUCAACCGACAUACCCGACAAAACUAAAGAUAUAAAGAAGAACUAA